UUUUUUCAAAAGGUAUGGGUAGUUCUACAAUUAAAUUGUUGGAUGAAACAAGUUAUCAAUCAACUUAUAAUAGAAUUAAACAAAAACAUGGAAGGAGAAUAAUUGAGGACUGGACAGAAAGAACAGAUCCAUUAAAAUAUGUAAUUGAAGACUGUGGAAUAGCAGCAUAUUUAAUAGAAUUGUUCAAAUCUUACCCAAAUUUGGCACCAAAAAGAGGCUUUGCAGAUUUGGGUUGUGGGAAUGGUCUUUUAGUAAAUUUGUUGGAAAAAGAAGGAAUUCGAGGAGGUUUUGGUUUGGAUGUUAGAAGGCGUAAAAUUUGGUCAAAAUUUGAAAAAGAGGGAACUGAACUGAAAGAAAUUGUAAUUAAUCCUGAUUGUUUGGAUAGUAUGGAGGUUAGUUUGCAGGCAAUCUUUUGUUUAACGGAUUUUUCGUUUAACGGGAUUUUUUGUUUAACGGGAUUAUAUGUCUCUCUUCAGGGCGCCUGUGUAGUUGACCACUUUCUCGUUUGGAAAAGAUUUAGAAAUACUGGGUGGGGGCUAACUCAAGGAAUACCAACUCAAGAAACAGACAAGUCAAGGAACGACAAGUCAAGGAAAAGACAGGUAUUGAAUUCUGUUGACUUUUUAAUUGGAAAUCAUUCUGAUGAAUUGACUCCGUGGAUACCUAUUUUGGCUGCAAGACUUGGCUGCAAUUUCUUCCUUCUUCCCUGUUGUCCAUACAAUUUCUUUUCAAAAUUUUGUAAAGCAACCCCCUCAGCCCAACAAAAGAAGGAUGGCAUAAUUAUUGGUGGAUUACAAGACCAAUUUUACAAAUAUUUAGAAAAUAUAAUUAUUCGGCUUGGAUUUAAUUUAAUGAAAGAUCAAUUAAGAAUACCUUCAAGAAAAAAUAAAUGUUUUAUUGGAAUAAUACCAGAAACUGGACUUGUACAAAAUUUGGAAGAAGUAAUUAAUGAAUUAUUAUUGGCUGCUAAAAUUUUUAAAAAAUCGUUUGCACCUAGACCGGCAAUAGAAAAAGUUAGAAAUUGUUCAAGACUUCCAUUAGAUGCUAAAAUUGAUCUUGCAAGGAGAGUUGUCGAUUAUUUAAUGAAAAAGCAACCGGAAAAUAUCAAUGGUUGGCGUUGUAGUGGACCCGUACAUUUAUCCAAACUAAGCGAAGACGUAUUGACAGAAGAUGACCGUAAAAUGUUAUCAGAACAAGAUAAGGGAAUGCAAACAUUCCUUCGAGGUCAACACCAAACAUUUUUGGUAGAAUGUGGAAAUGUUUCAAUAAGAAAAUGGCCUUUAGUAAAUGCUGAUUUUAUGGCUAAAGCUUCGAAUGAUAAAAUAAGGAAAACUGAUUGUUGGUUUUUUAAAUGGCAUCCAGACGGGUAAAAAUAAUUUUUUAACUUUGGGGAAUUUUGUAGGGGCAAUUUUUAGGAGGGAAGGUUUAUCGAAAUUUGCGGACUGUGAAGCCUUAUUAGAAUUAAAAACCCCGUAUCAGGGGACAAAACACCGUCAAACAAGGUCUACAGACACGUAUCGUCCGACGGUGUUU